UUCAAUAAUACUCCAAUAGUUACUGCUAUGAGUCUACGGCUAUCAUCAUAGAAAUUUUAAGUUGCCACCCGAGUCAAGUCUUUCUGGAUCGGCCAUUUGGAAAAAAACACCGAACAGAACAAUAAAGUCCUUCACAGGAGUGGUGUUUAAGUGUACCUCAAGUCUUCCACUAUGCAAUCAAUAGUGUAUUGGGUAUAUGCUUCAAGGUAAUGGAGUAAAUUGUUGUUUGCACUAAUAUUUUUAAUUUAGUGUUAUUAUGAUAUUGUCCGUUUUCAAUUGAAUCAAUGAAAAAUCAUAAAUUCAUGAAUUAUUUAUUUGUUUUGGGCUAGUUGAUAAAAAGGUCACACGAUACCUAUCAUUUUCAUAUGCUAUGUUAGAUUCGAUUAAUACCAAUCAGUUACCUUAAUACUGUAAUAAUAUUUUUUUGAUAAUACAUCAGUUUUGAAAAAUACUUGGGGAUCCUUAAUUUUAAAGGGUUCUGGUCCCCGGCAAGUGACAGCUAGUAUCCAACAUUCAAUUUUUUCAGUGUUAGAAUGACUGGGAUUAGAAGUUGGAUUUGCCACGUCUAGCGGUUUUUAAGCAGUAGACGCUACAUGUCUGGCGGUUAAAAAAUCUCUAACCGUCUAAUGCUUUUUAACCGCUAGACAUGUAGCAUCUAUCACUUAAAAAUUGCUAGACGUGUAAAAUCUGAGCAGUCACUUGUUGAGGACCAGCACCCAAUUUUAAAUAUAUCACAAGAUGCUAAACAAACUCAAGCAUGCCGCGUAAAGUAGACGGUAGUGGACUUUGUGAAACAACUUAUGCACAUCAAUGUUUAUGUACCUAUCAAUUUACCUGGCUAUAAAUAACAAUCAUCACUGCAUUAGGCCUUUCUAUCAAACCAAACAAAAACCAUGGCAAAGCAUCUAUCUCUUGAGUCCUCCAUUUUGCUGCUUAUAGUUGCAUUUCUCUUCUUCUAUGCAUUUCCUGCAUCAGCAGCUUCUGUAGAAGCUACUUCUCUUCUUGAAUGGAAAGCCACUCUACAAACCCGAAACAAUUCAGCAUUAAGUACAUGGACUCUUUCUUCCGCUAAAACUUCUCCAUGCUCUGCCUGGUAUGGAGUUUCAUGCAACAGUUUUGGAAGUGUAACUCGCUUGAAUCUCACUGUUUCAAAUGUGCAUGGAACACUCUACCGCUUCCCCUUCUCCUCUCUUCCGAAUCUCACACACAUGGAUUUUGCAGUAAAUAAAUUUUAUGGCAACAUUCCAUCACAAAUAGGUGGCCUUUCCAAGCUAAUUUAUCUUGAUUUGUCAAUCAAUCAAUUUUCUGGGAAAAUUCCACAGGAAAUUGGAAAAUUGACAAAUCUUGAGGUUCUCCACCUAGUUGAGAAUCAGUUGAAUGGCUCGAUUCCUCAAGAGAUGGGAAACUUAAGCUCUCUUGUCGAACUUGCAUUAUACACAAACAAUCUUGAAGGUCCCAUUCCAGCUUCUUUGGGAAGAUUAACCAACUUGAAAAAUCUUUAUCUCUAUGAAAACCAACUGUCAGGUUCAAUCCCUCCUGAAUUCAGUUCUCUUCUCAAUCUUGUCGAGCUUUACAUGGACACCAACCACCUGACUGGUCCAAUUCCAUCCUUUUUCGGAGACUUCACAAACUUAACUUAUUUGCAUCUCUUCAACAAUCAGAUAUCUGGUUCUGUUCCUGCUGAACUAGGAAACUUGAAGUUCCUUGAGAGUCUAAGCCUUUACUCAAAUAAUCUUACUGGCUCAAUCCCCGCGUCAUUAGGUGAUCUUCACUCACUAAGUCUAUUACAUCUCUAUGAUAAUAGACUUUCUGGCCCGAUCCCUAAAGAAUUAGGAAGCUUGCAGUCUAUUAUUGAUCUCGAAUUGAGUGAGAAUAGGCUCAUUGGUUCAAUUCCGGCUUCAUUUGGUAAUCUAAGCAACUUGGAAUACUUCUAUGUUCGCGAGAAUCAACUCUCUGGCCCUAUACCACAAGAGUUGGGAAAUUUGAACUUGAUUGUCUUCGAGAUGGACACAAAUCAAUUAUCUGGAUCUUUGCCAGAAAAGAUUUGUCAUGGUGGGAAACUUAAAAACUUAACAGUGAAUGACAACAUGUUCAAUGGCUCAAUCCCAAGAAGUUUAAAAGAUUGCUCAAGCUUAGUGAGACUCCGCCUUGAUAAUAACCAGCUGGAUGGAAACAUAUCUGAAGCUUUCGGUGUAUAUCCUGACUUGGAUUUCAUAAAUCUCAACAAUAACAAGUUAUAUGGGGAGAUCUCCGAAAACUGGUCAAAGUGCAAGAAAUUAACAACAUUGCUCAUUUCUGGGAACAGUAUUACUGGCAGCAUACCCCCAGAAAUUAGUGAUAUUACUCAUCUGCAAAAGCUUGAUCUCUCAACAAAUCACCUUGUUGGGAAAAUUCCAAGUGAUUUUGGAAAGUUGAGUAAUCUUCUGGAUCUGCGUUUAUCCAACAACCAACUCUCAGGCAAUUUACCUCCAGAACUCGGACUAAUUCCAACACUUGAGUAUCUUGAUCUGUCAAGAAACAGAUUGAACGGCUCAAUUCCAGGAAACUUAGGGAGCUCUCAGCAAUUGCAUUACUUGAACCUCAGCAUCAAUAGUUUGAGCCAGGGAAUCCCCACUGGGAUAGUUAAAUUAUCUCAUCUAUCUACUCUUGAUCUUAGCUAUAACACGCUUACAGGGAAGAUACCAUCACAAAUUAACAGUAUGGAAAGUCUGGAGUUGCUGAACAUUUCCCAUAAUGAACUCUCUGGUUUUCUCCCAAAAGCUUUUGAAAAUAUGCCCGGUCUUUUAGAAAUUGACAUAUCUUUCAAUAAGCUUCAAGGUCCGAUCCCCAUUAGCAAAGCCUUCAUGAAUGCUUCAAUCGUAAGUGUACAAGGGAAUGAUGGUCUUUGUGGCAACAUCACUGGCUUGCAACCUUGCACAAAGCCUUCAUUUGUGAACAGAAACACAUCGAAAAAAGGUCUCAGAACCAUCCUUCUUAUAAUACUCCCUUGUCUUGGAGCAUCUCUACUUCUGUGGACGGCUCUCUGGCUCCUAGUGAUCUAUAUAAGGAAGAAAAGAUCUGCAGAAAUCAAACUAAAUGAUCAGCAAAUUGAAGAGCUGUUCACAGUGUCAAGUUUCAAUGGAAAAGAACUGUAUAAUGAGAUCAUAAUUUCCACGAAGGAAUUUGAUGAUUUUUAUUGCAUUGGUAAGGGUGGAUUUGGAAGUGUUUAUAAAGCAAUACUGCAAUCAGCCGACACUGUUGCAGUAAAGAAGCUUCACCCAUCAUCUGAAGUAGCUGAUCAUUCAGGUUUCAUUAACGAGGUGAAGACAUUGACUGAGAUAAGGCAUCGGAACAUUGUUAAACUUCUAGGAUAUUGUUCACAACCUCCACAUUCUUUCUUGGUUUACGAGUACCUUGAAAAUGGCAGCUUGGAAGCAAUGCUGAGGAAUGAAGUGCAAGCUAAAGAAUUGAACUGGCAAAUGAGGGUAAAUAUUAUCAAAGGUGUGGCUCAUGCAUUGUCUUAUAUGCACCAUGAUUGCUCACCUCCAAUUGUUCAUCGUGACAUUUCAAGCAAGAACAUUCUUCUCAACUCAGAGUAUGAAGCUUGUAUUUCUGAUUUUGGCACUGCUAAAUUGUUGAAGACAGACUCGUCGAAUUGGAGUGCAGUUGCAGGCACAUAUGGAUAUGUUGCACCAGAAUAUGCCUACACAAUGAAGGUAACUGAAAAAUGCGACGUUUAUAGCUUUGGAGUAUUAACAUUAGAAGUGAUCAAAGGAAAGCAUCCGGGUGCUUCUGCAUCACCAUUUACUCCAUCAAGACAGACCAUAGAGCUAAAAGAUUAUGUCGACGACAGAAUUCCACCUCCCUCAGAAGAUAUGGUAGAGGUUCUGCUCCAGAUGAUAAAAGUGGCAAAUGCAUGUUUGCAUUCAAAUCCAAAAGCAAGGCCAACAAUGUAUAUUGUUAGUCAGCUAUUUGAGGCCAAAACAAAUAUCAUCAACAAGCCUUUUAAGUCGGAGACUCAAGUAAAUAGCUGAUUCAGAUUGUAUAUACUUGUUACUUGUUCUCUUUUGCUUCAUUGCCUUGUGUAGUUGUGAGUUAGCACCGGAGAUAUGUAAACAUAAAUGUACCAGGGCGCAAUGUGAUUUUAGUCCUUGCAAGAAAACACAUUCCUAAAAAUUUAUGGUAAAUUGAAGAGGGCAAGGUUGAAAA